UUUCUAUUUUUUGUAUACAUUAUAUACAAUACAAAAAAGUAAAGUAUGGAUAUUGAUCCAAUUCAUCUCAUUAAUAUUUGUAAUCCAAUCCUUCAGUCGAUUUCGCUUCAUUUAGUUCAGUUUUAAUUUCGGUUUAUGAAAUUUCAAUAAAAUUCAAAUUAAUAAGGAGUCCUUAUGUCACGUUACCGAGGGCCUCGUUUCAAAAAAAUACGCCGUCUGGGGGCUUUACCGGGACUAACUAGUAAAAGGCCUAGAGCCGGAAGCGAUCUUAGAAACCAAUCGCGCCCCGGUAAAAAAUCUCAAUACCGUAUUCGUUUAGAAGAAAAACAAAAAUUGCGUUUUCAUUAUGGCCUUACAGAACGACAAUUACUUAAAUACGUUCGUAUUGCCAGAAAAGCCAAAGGGUCAACAGGUCAGGUUUUACUACAAUUACUUGAAAUGCGGUUGGAUAACAUCCUUUUUCGAUUGGGUAUGGCUUCGACUAUUCCUCAAGCCCGUCAAUUAGUUAACCAUAGACAUAUUUUAGUUAAUGGGCGUACAGUAGAUAUACCAAGUUAUCGCUGCAAACCCCGAGAUAUUAUUUCAGCGAGGGAUGAACAAAAAUCUAGAACUCUGAUUCAAAAUUAUCUUGAUUCAUCCACCAAUGAGGAAUUACCAAAACAUUUGACCUUUCACACAUUACAAUAUAAAGGAUUAGUCAAUCAAAUAAUAGAUAGGAAAUGGGUUGGUUUGAAAAUAAAUGAAUUGCUUGUCGUAGAAUAUUAUUCUCGUCAGACUUAAACCUAACUAAAAUAACAAAACAAGGGUUCUGCCCCCUUUUCACCUGAGUUAAGGUUAAGUAAAGGAAGACAGGGGAAUGGGUUUGAUUCGGAGAUUUUUCUCCUAUUCAUGUAUGAUAGAUACGUAAGGAGAUUUUCAUCCCCUGUAUGCUAUUUUACGUAUUCCAUAUUAAAAAGGAAUUGGGAAUAGAGAAUCUAUACUAAAGAAGGGUCUAAUUCUUUAGUAUAUGUUCUUAUUUGAUUUGAUACAUUGUAGUCAGUUACAUCGGCGAAUUAGGUGAAGGUGCGGAAAGAGAGGGAUUCGAACCCUCGGUAAACAAGAGUCUACAUAGCAGUUCCAAUGCUACGCCUUGAACCACUCGGCCAUCUCUCCUACAUAAUUAUUAUGGCCGAUACCCCGAGCGAAUAGCGAGUUAUUCAUAUUAGAUUGUUCGAUAGGUACGAACAAUAUCAAUUCUAACUAGGAAACUUGCUAUAAAAAUAGAAAACUUUUCAUCACUUUUUUUAUCACUUUUUCUUUAGCCUCCGGGCUCGAAAAAUGAAAAAAAAAUGGAAUGGGUCUACUUUUAUGUUAUUUCGUACUGUACACUUCCUUUGUUUGUGAGAUCAUUUUAUUUUCUCACGAGGGGUAAUGAAAAGAGUUAUAGAAUGGAUUGCUACCUAUGCCUAGAUCGCAGAUAAAUGGAAAUUUUAUUGAUAAGACCUUUUCAAUUGUAGCCAAUAUCUUAUUACGAAUAAUUCCGACAACUUCAGGAGAAAAAGAGGCAUUUACUUAUUACAGAGAUGGUGCGAUUUGAUUAUUAUUAUAUAUAUAUUUUCCUUUAUUUAUUAUUUACUUUUUUAUUUACUUUACCACUCUCAGUCUUAGGAAAAAGACACAUUAUUCAGAAUAGAAAAAAGGCUAUUGAAAACAAAAAAGAAAUCUACGCUUGUUGAAGGUGAAGUUUAUAAAUAAAGCAAUUCCUUCUGUCGUGUAUCCCCGAUUAAUGCAACCUCAGAUGCUUCAAUUGUUGAUUCGAGUAUUGAGCGAAAGGUUACACCUAUGGGUCUGUAUUGUGGGUCAACCCUACUACACGAGUACCAAUAGGCGGCAUAGAGGAAGAAGCACUACGCCUAGGAAUCAACAACACGAAAACUUUGUUAUUAAUGAUUCCCUUUCUUUAUCGGGAUCGGAACUAAGAGAAAUGGUUGGGACAACAAACAUCCAUCUUGUUCGUACUUUGGAUACCCAUAUAACCAUCGAAGAUUGUUGAAGUGACUAAUUCCUGGAAAUUAAGGAGCGUUGAGAACAAAGAAAUUGUUGGAGUUUACUUUUUUAUCUAGUACGAACACGCUUGAUGGUAAGAAAAGAUCUUUUGCAAGAGGGUUGGCUAGAGAUUUCUUGUAAAAACAUUAGCCCCGCUCAGUUCAUAAUGACAAUAUUUCGACCUUUUUUUUAAUUCCAUGGAUUAUUCUCAUUAUGCACAUAAAGGAGGAGCCGUAUGAGGUGAAAAUCUCAUGUACGGUUUUGGAACGGAGAAUUCUUUGAAUCGAAUGACGACCGUAACGGAUGUCGGCUCAAUCCGAAGGAAAUUAUGCGGAGGCCUUACAGAAUUAUUAUGAAGCUAUGCGACUAGAAAUUGAUCCCUAUGAUCGAAGUUAUAUACUAUAUAACAUAGGCCUUAUCCACACAAGUAAUGGAGAGCAUACAAAAGCUUUAGAAUAUUAUUUUCGAGCACUAGAACGAAACCCGUUCUUACCACAAGCUUUUAAUAAUAUGGCUGUGAUCUGUCAUUACGUGCGACUAUCUCCACUAUAGAAAUAAAAAAAGGAAAGAAAGAGCAAAUACGCUAGUAAAUAAAUACGCUAGUAAAUAAACACGCUAGUAAAUAAAAUACUAGAAAAAAAAUAGGCUUUCUACAUAUUGCAUCGUCCAAAAAACGAUUUUUAUCAGCUGUAACAAAAAAAGAAACUUCAUAGAAGUCGAAAUAUGAAGAAAUAU